AUGAAAGGAGGUGGAUUGGGAAGGCCGCCACCCGAUGCUGGAAUCCCCUACGACAUGAAAACUCUUCUCAAUGCAUUCCGAGAGAAAAAGUCCUUGAGGCUGACUGAAUUCUACGAAGUGGCAGUCAAUUAUGGCCUGAAAGAUAUCUAUGCCGGACGAAUGAGUGUUGCUGAUCUUGUUGGGUUCGAGGAAUGUUUACUUAAUGCAGCAGUUGCAUACAUGCGACCGCGGAGAGAGUAUCCAAAUGGACUUGGAGAGGAGCAUACUAUACUGGAGCGUAUUUUCGGGAUUUACGCGACGUUUGUACUCUACUAUGCUCAACCAGUUGACUACGUAUCCAAAAUCAAUAUCACUCCGGAGGAUUGUGACGACAUUCUUCAUUUUUCGAAGACUGUUCUUAUCCCUGGACGGCACUUAGAUACUUAUGGAUGUGUACGAAGGCUUUUUAAAGAUCAAGCGUUCAGAAUCGUUAUAUCUUGCAAAAAUCAUGACCUGUCCAACCACCGUCGCUAUGAGAAACCGAACCCAGUUGAUGUGUUGUUAGACGAGCAAGAACGACAUAUUCCGAUGGAAGCUGCAACGACUAUCAUGAAACACCCGAUUCUGAAGGCCAUGAAGUAUGUCGAGGGGAAAAUGGAAGAACAAGAGAGGAAAUUAUUCAAUCGUCGGAUAACCGACGAUAAACUGACUUUCUUGGAUAGGCUGCACCACAUCUUCUGCACACUUACUCAUGAACUUAACAACGUGGACAACUUAACUGAAGAGGAUGUUCUUGAGAAGUGGAAAGACUCGGACACUACAACGUUUCGCAAACGACAACAAGAAUUUCCAACAGCUCAAGCGAUUCAGAACACCAAGAUAAGGAAAAGUGAAGGUGGUCGUGGAAGGAGAAGGGUAUGUCAGCGAUAA